AUGGUACGAAACGGAAUGCAGCAAAGCCAAGGAUAUAAGAGUAUGAAGACAUCAACGACGCUUAUCCUGCUUCUCCACUUAUCUCUUCACACAGUUGACGAAGGUCAUGCUAUAAAUCCGAGUUGUACGUGUAUCCGCUACACGUCGACGUAUGGCAAGGAGCGCGGCACGUUCAGCAGCCCCGACUACCCGCGCCCCUACCCGCCUCGCAUCGACUGUCUCCUCUACACCUUCGUCGCGGCGCCCCACGAGAUUGUCGAGCUCGUCUUCACCGACUUUGACAUCUUUAAAGGACAUCUUGAAUGUAUCCGAGGAGACUACCUGAAGGUAUACUCGGAAGGUGGCGUCCAUGGACCAGGACCACCUGGUGUGAACGAAUACUCAGCGUGGUCGAGGGUCCUAUGUGGCAGUAGAGCUGAUGCUCCACCUGCUUUGUACUCCCAUGGACCACUCCUAGUGCUAGAACUCCACACAGGAAUCAAAGCUACUAAUGCCACUGGUUUUGUUGGAAACUACAGGUUUAUAGAUAGAAGAAAUUUCGAGACAGACGGUGUACAAGUGGCCGAGACGUGGUGUGAUUAUGUCUUCCACUCUCAGCCAAACAGACCUGCUCAUGGACGCCUGUAUAGCCCAAGAUAUCCGUCGAGUUAUCCUAGUAACGUGAGAUGUACUUAUCAUUUCAGCGCGAGGCACAACGAGAGGAUCAAGUUAGUUUUCGAAGAAUCGUUCCUUCAGAAAGGCGACGAGAGUUGCCUCAAUCGUGCCGACAUAAUAAAAGUGUUCGAUGGACGGACUUCGACGGCGCCGGUCCUUGCAAUGCUUUGUAACGAAGCCGUAGGAUAUGAGAUUUUGUCAACGGGACCAGACUUGCUGGUGCAGUUUACUGCUAAUUCCGAUCUCCCUGGACAAGGAUUCAAAGCCAGAUACCAGUUUCAAAUGGAAGACGACUCAAAUGCAGAUGGGGAUAUUAAUAAGAAAUCAAGUACAACGGAGGCAAUAUCCGGCUUAGGGCCGGCUGUGAGCGCCGCGACUUCGUCCUGCCAUCAAGUAUUCAGCAGUGAUAAAAGCAAGACCGGGAAAUUGACUUCUCCGCUCUACCCAGCCCCAUAUCCUCAGAAAACGCAAUGUCAUUAUGACUUCUUAGCUCGAGGGAGGGAAAGAGUGCGACUAGUAUUCGAAGACUUCAGUUUGCAGCGAAUAACAGAUAAUAUUAUAGACUGUGAGAGUAUGGAUUCUCUCGACGUAUUUUUGUAUGUAGAUGGUCGUCUAGAGAAGAUGGCAUCAUUUUGCGGCAACGAUAUACCGAAGCCAAUAAUGUCGAAUGGACCUAAGUUAUCUAUCGAGUUCCGUGGAAUAUACUCGUCGAGACAUAGCAAGGGGUUCAAGAUAUCAUACUCCUUUGUUGAAGAUUACGGGAUCGCAACGGGGAGUCAACUUUUAGAAUUUCCAUGUGCCUUCGUAUUUAAUAGCAGUGAAAGGGGGAGGGGUGUGGUGACUUCACCAAACCACCCUGGCCUCUAUCCAAGGGACACAGAAUGCAAUUACUUCUUCUACGGCAACGAAAACGAAAGAGUACAUUUACAUUUCACUUAUUUUGACGUCGAAGGUGUGGUCCCGUGCGAGGCCAUAUCAGCGAGUGACUACGUCCAGUUUUACAGUCAGAUGAUACAAUCCCAGAGUCAUAGACAUUGUGGACAGAUAAAAGAGCUUCAAGUUACGUCAGAGAAGAAUUUUCUGAGAAUUACCUUCAAGUCCAACGACAGACUUGAUGCUACUGGAUUCAAAGCGAACUACCUAUUUUUAAGAGACUCUGAAAUGCAUAGUAUAACUAUGCCUAAUUCUAUAGACAGAGGUACAUCAUGUAACAUUUCAACAUCACUACUGCUACUAUGUCUUUGCGAAGUCUUAUGGAAUUUCAGAUAGUGAAAAUUAAUGAAUUUGUAAAUUCGGAG